CAGUGUGGAUCUGGAGAGACACAGGAGCGUGUCAGUCAUUGAUAUUGAAGAGUGUAUUAGAGUUUAGCUCAGAGACCCAGACUGGGGAGGUAGAGGUCAAAGGUGUUGGGGAAGGGACAGAGUCAGUCCCUUUGCACCAGAUACAUUUACAGAGCAACCUGGUCUCUGGACUAGUCACGAUUGGGGUGAGGUCCGAAUUACCGAUGAAAGACGUGGAAGUCUUGCUCGGUAAUGACAUCGCCGGAGGAAUCGUGUUCCCAGUCGUGAGAUUGACGGGUCAGCCUGCCAGCAUGGAGGCCCCGCCCGCGAUGGUGAAUUUGGCUGAAACAUUUCUGCCAACCUUGUAUGAGACAGGGUGUAGUGAGAUAAGAGGUAGUGAGGGAGCUGGGACGGACGUAGCAGUAGCCGGGAAAGAAUUUGUGCAGACGCAGGAGCGAGACGAGGGGCUGAUGGUUUUUGCCGAGACCGCUCUCUCUGACACAGCCUUGACAAGCUAUUGUGCGGAGGAGGAGGUGCUAAGGAAGAAAGGGAAAUCAAGUACAGUACCCGCAGAUGAGGAAUGGGGGGUGGUGCAAAAGAGUUAUGGGGAUGAGGUUUUUAACAUGGCCCACGAGGUACCCCCCGGUGGACAUUUUGCGGUGCUGGAGGAAACAGUUGGUGGAAUCAUGAAAGAGAGUUACCGGCUGCCCAGGGGGAAAAAUGUUAUUGAUCAUGACCGACGCGAACUGAGACGGUCACCGGCUUUUGAUAUGCUAACAAACCUAGUCGGUGUUAGCGUGGAAAUCAAUGAAGCUAGGGGCCCCUUGAUAAGAGAAAAAAACCAUUUUGAAAAGAUUAGGAUGGGAUCGGUCAGAUGGGAGAAGGCUAUUGUUUUGGCCAGGUCUACUGAUAAGGUCUCUCCCUUAAUCCCCGAAGGAGUAAUUAAACGACUCGCACCCAUGUGUUUGAUUGUCCCGAGGAAAUGCAAAGAACUGGGACGUUGGGUUAUGUCUGUUACAAUAGGGCAGCCAAGCAAACAACACCCAUAUUUUUCGAGUAAUUCAGUGACUAAAGGGCUGAUGAACACAGAGGUGUGUAUUGGCAAUUUAAUACGGCUGUCUGAAGCCAGCGUGAUAGUGAGCCUUGGAAAAAAUGAAUUCGGCCACACGAAGGUCACUUACCUGGGAAUUGUGGUGACACAGGGGCAGCUGGCAGUGAUGCAAGCUACAGUGCAGGCUAUCGCUGACCUCCCAACCCCGACAGACAAGAGGGCCCUCAGAAGGCUUUUGGAGAUGGUGGGGUACUGCAGGAAGUUUUGCAAUAACUCUGCGGUCAAUACCCGUCCCCCUCCUACUAAGCCCUUGCGAGAGAAAAUUGAGUCGGAAUGGGACGACCCUUGUUAUUGUGGUCCGGGACAAAACCAAAUGAGAGGUUACAUUGGUCGCAAUUCAUCAGUGUUUUUGGCCACUAUGAAGUUUGCUGAGUUGGAGCCUGGUCUAAGGGAUUAUUAAUAACACGUGUAAAAGGAACAGAAAAUGUGAUGACUGUCUGUCAAGGUGUUGACAGCUUCAAAUUCUCUGUAUUAGCUAAAUAACUGUUAAAGAUGUAUAUUGUGUAUGUAUCAGAUAAUGUAGUCAUGUUUGUAAUUUUUACCUCCCGGUAAAAAUCCUUA